AUGAGCAGUCUCACUAUACCCCCAGGCGUAGAUCUCUGCCAAGUCCCUGCAUCUCCGCCUCCUCCAGGUGUUGUUCCUAAUUUCGUCGACCCUGAAACGCUUGCGGGAGCUACUAUCGCAGUCUCGGCGGUCAUGCUCACAUGGUCGACAAUAUUCCUUGCUGCGCGGAUGUGGAUGAAUUGGCGGAACUUGAAGCUAGCAGACUACUUUGCCAUCAUCGCUGUCGUUCUCAAUGCUGCCUAUACAGGGCUUAUACUGUCAGUGACUCGGUAUUCACGGCACCAAUGGAAUGUCCCCAUGUGUUGGUACACUGCAACAUACAUGAAGCUUAUCUUUUCAUUCGGCAUGCUCCUUGGUCCCGCCAUCUUCUUCGCCAAAGCUGCCAUCGUGUUGCUCUAUCUUCAAAUAUUCGCUGCAAAUAGGACCAUCCGUAUAUCCUGCUAUGUUCUGAUGGUCGCCCUCACUCUCACCUACUGGAGCAACACAGUUCUCGAGCUUACCUUUGCCUGUCCACGUCCUGGUGAGACGUGGACAGAUCUUUUAACGAGCGGCAAUCCCGGAAAGAUCAUCUAUUUCGGGCCCGUUCAGGGCUCAUUGGCUGUCGUCCUAGACAUAGCCAUCUUCAUACUACCAUUACCCGUACUAUGGAAGCUCAACAUGCCUCUCAGAAGACGCAUCGCUCUGUGCGCCGUCUUCUUCACUGCUUUGAUGGGAGUCAUCGCCAGUGUCAUCGCACUUUGGGCUCGCGUUAAAUUGCUUGGCACACCGGACCUCACCUGGCUAGAGAGUCAGCUGUUUAUUUGCAUCAUCGUCGAAAACACUGUCGCUAUAAUAGUCUGCUGCGUGCCCGCCUUCAAGAACGUGUGCAAGAAGCAUAUUGCCGAAACUCGAGCAUGGAAAGCGCUUAUAUCUAAAGUUCACCGAAGCCGUAGCGGCAGAGGUGACGGUGAAGGAGGCGACAAAGACGUUGAGAAGGACAGCAACAGACAUUGCGGCGGCCCUCGACUUGCUCAAGACUAUCUCAACACAGAAAGCUCCAAAGAGUCGACUUAUGAAAACGAGGUUGCUUCAGAGGGAAAUCUCAAGCACUUUGUAUCCCACGGACAGGGCUCCGGUAGUUACGAUGCGAGCAGCUAUUCGUCACGAGUGGUGCAGAUCCAGGGCGGCGUCAAGGAAGAGAAUGAAAUGCCGGAAUCGGCAAAUGUUGGCACGAAUGGAAUUGUCCGAAACAUUGACAUCACGCAGGAGGUUCAUCCUGAACAUAUGGUUUAG